UAUGACCUAGAUACUAAUACAGAAUUGUUAUGAAUCUCUCCGGGAGGUUUUUUGUAAAGUCUAAUUAUAUACGGGCUGCUAAAGAUGAAUGGAUUCUGUGCGAUGUAAGACUUUUAACUGAUGAUACCGACACAUUUUUGUGCAUUAAAUCACUACCUUCUUCGAUUUUAUUGAGUGAACAUAACAACUGCAUAGAGAACAACGUUGAUAAACUCCCUGAAAAAAGUCCGUAUAGGCCAGAAAAUUUUGCUACGAGACCAUUCACUGCACUAUGUAAUCUAAGUGAAUAUAAAUCAUGUUCAAUGAGAACAGAGGCCGUUAACUCGAGUGCCUCGUUUGCACUUAAACUUGUGCCUUCGAGUGUUUUCGGAAACAAAAAACUUCUCAUUGCUACAGAAGAUGAGAACGAGAUCACCACUUGGUUGGCCAUUUGUAAGACAUGUAUAGGGAAGAAGUCGAGAAAUAGCUCUUCAAAUAACAGAGACCUGGCAUGUAAUUUGGGGACGCUUAGCAAAUCUGGCAGCUUUAUGUCACUUAAACCAAACUCACAGGCUUGUGAAAGUGAAUUUGACGAUGGACUAAUGGACAAUGAAGUUUAUGAGGCAUACUCUUCAGAGGAUAAAAUUCCUGCACUUCUUGAAGAAGCUGGUGAUUGGAUGAAAUUACAUUUAUGUCAACCAGAUUGUUAUUUACGUUUAACAACAGAUCGUUUAGAAGUUUUGGAUUUUUACAGUCAUAAACCUGUGCACUGGUUUCCAUAUCUACUGAUACGUAGAUUUGGUGCAUCCAAUGGUGUAUUACGUGUUGAUGCUGGUCGAAGAUGUUCCACUGGUGAUGGCAAAUUCUUCUUUAGAUGUAGUCCACCAAAUGGUCAACCAGUUGAUGCUUUAGUUACACAAAUACGACAAUUAGCAUUGGAAGCGAAACAACGUACUAAACGUAGUCAAUUAACAUUGAGUAAUUUAGAGUUACAUGCCAAUAACAAUACUACUACUAAUAAUAAUGAUAGUGGCACUCUUCCUAAUAAUAUUAAUCAUCAUACCAAAGUAGGCGAAUCAUUAGUUAAUACAAAUGAUAAUUUGGAUAAUGAUCAAUUAGAUGGUAGUAUUCAUGGAACAUUACCACGUGCAAGAUCUAAGCGUACAAAAUUACCAAGUGAAUCUGCAAUGCUACGAUCUAGUUCAAAUUCUAUUAAUGGUGGUAAUAGAAGCAAUAAUAAUAAUGGAAGUAGUGGUGUAUCAGAGUCUUUUCCUCCGAAAGCCACUCCGGAAUCAUCGGAUGAUGUCGAUUCACAGGUAAUUCCAUCAAAUACCAAUGAUAAAAAUGAAGUAUUUAAAGCGACUUUGUGUAAAGCAGUAGUACCUAAGAAUGAUCAAGAUUCAGUGAAUAUAUCAUCAAAUCUUUAUGAUAAUCUACCACGUCCACCACGUCGUGGUUCACGUUUAGCAGGAGCAAUUAAUGUACUUCCAUUACCGGCACGUAGUCACAAACAAAAAGAUUUACACAAUUCUGCAAACAUUGAGACACCAAUUAGCACUAAUGAUACACAGUUUUCUACAGAUACUCUUGAUAAUUUAGUAAAACUUAAUUCUAAGCAUAUAAGAGCACAGUCUUCAUUAGGAUCGUUAACAUUAUCGUCAUCAUCACCAACAUCAACGAUAACUACAACAUCACCAGCAGUUACUCCAUAUACAACACCAAAUGAAUCAUCUUCAAUAGUAACUCCAUCAACUAUUUCUUCACCUUCUUCAUCAGUAUCAUCAUCACCAUCGGUAUCUCUAGCCUUUAUGAGUAAAAAAGCCGUGACUCCUACUUGUCUAUCACAAUCCUCGUUAGCACCAUCCAGUCGUCUUCAUUUGUACAGUAGAAGUAAUGAAACUAAUAAUACAGUAACAUCGUCUUCGUUAUCAUCGAUAAACUUUAUAGACAGUUCAGAAAUAAAGACAACUGAUGCAUGUUCUCCCAUUCCAACAUCUUCUACGAUAAAGACAACAAUGACCGCAACGACACCGAUUUUGACGACUCAGACACUAACAUCAUCCUCACCAUCAUCCAGUUCAGUUGUUAAAUCUUUAAUACAAUCGUAUACUUCUAUAUCGUCAAAUAAUUCAAAAUACUAUGCUAAUAAUCACUCUGUUGAUGAUAAUCUGACAAAUAAAUCAAAGCCUUCCUCAUUGUUUGUCCCAGUUACCACCAUCACCACCACCACCACAACAAUAUCAUCAUCAUUAAAAUCUCCAGCUUCAAUUUCGUUUUCCUCAGCAGUUAAAACUACACCAACUAAUGGUUACAAUAAUGAUGGUGAAUCAAGAACAGGCAAUCAUAAUUCAACAAAUAAACUGUUAAAUUUAAGUGGAAAAAUGCGGGUACCCUCAUCGAUGAAUUCACAGUCAGAUAUUCCUGAUCCUCAACAACAGAAACAACAACUUCCAAGUAACUUUUCCCACUUUACCAACUCCAAAUCUAGUUCAGCUUCAUUAUUUCUAUCUGGACCUCAUCCAACAUUAAAGCAACAACAUACAAACGUUACUUCUAGUCCUUCUUCUUCGUCAUCUUGCACAUUGUCAACAUGUUCAUCAACUACGAACAACAACAUUGUUAAACCAAUUUUUUUACCAGUUAAAGUAGAUUCAGUAUUCCGAGCUGAAAAGACCAUUCCCCGUAGAUCCUUAGAGGUAAACAAUAAUAAUGCUACCAUCCACAAUAACAACAACAACAGUGAAUCUAUACAAAGUCCCAUCAAUAACCCUAUACUAAAUUCUAAUAAUAAAAUACGAGUGACAAAAGAUGAUUCACGUCGAUAUUUAAGUGAAUUAGAUAGUGUAAUUAAAGAACUCUGUGAAGCUAAUGAAGCAGCUGUACAAGCUACACGUGAAGCAGCACAAAAAAGACAAUAUCUAGGCUGGUCAUCAUCAACGAAUUCACAAUUGAAAUUAACACCAACAAAUGAACCAAAUAUAAUACCUAUCCCAAGUAGUACUAAUGCCUAAUAACUAGGUAUCUAUGUCUAUGUGUCCGUAUGUGUAUGUAUGUGUGUGUGUGUACUUAGUAAUAUACGCUUAUUCAUUAAAAAUAACAUUUUUCUUUGCUCAUUCAACAGACAGAGUGCAAAUCUUAUCGUACAAAAUGAAAAUUAUUAUUCAUGAAUACAUUUCCUUUUAAUCUAUUGACUUUUGAUAUGGCACACAAGAAAGUUGUCGUGAAGUUUUUCACACUCACACAUAAACGCACACAAGCACACACACACUCACACACAUACAUACUUUACUAGAUUUCCACAUUUUCAUACUUUAUAUUCAUGGUGUUGGAGAUAAUUCAUUACAUGAUUAUUUUAUUUAUGAACCAUGUUUAUUGUUUGCUUAUAGAGUUUUCCUUAUUUCUAUCUCGUUACAUCUAUUUCAUAAUCCCUAUUGUUCGAAGGAGAAAAGAUUGUUCCAUUCGUACCUUUUUUCUCUCUUGUUUAAUUUAUGUAUCAUUUCCAUAUACAGAAUACCGUAUGAUGAUGAUAAUGACUUAUUUGUUUCAUUUUUAAUGAGAAUGUUUCAUCAAUAGUUUACAAAUUGUAAUAACUAUGACAUAAAGAUUACGAUUACAUUAAAUUGAUUAUGCAAUAUAUGUCAUACAUACUGUGCGUUAGUAACAAGAGAGAUAUAAAUAAUUAUAGUAUACCUGUCAAAUUGAUCAAUCCAAUGCUGUAUUGUGGCUUCUAUAUUUUAUUUUACAUCUUUGUCUUCUUUUGGAUUUCAUUUCGAAUUGUGUUAUUAAAUUGAUGAAACUACUGUUUAGCUAUAAGACUUUUCAUUUGUUUGCAUAAGUGUUCAUUGUUUAACGUACUUUGUUUUAAUCUGCUUAUUUAAAAGAAGUCAUUAUUAUUAUUAUUACUAUUAUUAUGAUUAAAUAUAAUACUUUAAACAGGUUUAAUACUUACCAA